AUGGUGCGAGUUGCUGGGCCGUUGAGCCUGGUAGCGAUCUUGCUUCAUGUCAGAGCCUCCAUUGGGUCUGAAAGUGCCUGUGAUGACGCCACAGGGUGCAUGGCUUCCCGUGCCCACUCACUCCUGGCGGUGAAGGCAGAAUUACAUUCAGUUCCAAUGGACAUUACCGAAGGUGCUGGUAAUGGCACCAAUGGCACCAAGAGUACGAACAGCAGCGGCUUGGAGGACCUUCUCCUGAAGAAUGCGCAGCAUGGCUUCCAAGAGGCCGCAGGGUUCCCCGAUUUGGAGAACAACACCAACAACGAAUCGCAGGGCCGGCAUGGCUUUGGCGGGUUGGGUGCAAAUCUGGAGUUCAUGAUGAUAAAACUGGCCCAGUUGGAGACUCUUGUGGAGCUGCAGCAAGUCGAGAUCCACAAGCUGAACGAGUGGAAGAGCAGCCAUAUGGCUGGUGAGCACAACACCCCUCAGCCAGGCCCUGCCUUGAACCAGAAGGACACGCAUGAAGCGGAGGUCGUUCUGAAGAGGGUCCUGCAGAAGCACAACCACCAGCGAUUGCAUCGGGAGUUCGUGGUACCAUCCUCACCAGCCACCCCAAAGCGAGAGAUCAAGACGAAGACCGAAGCCAUGCUCCAGAGAGCGAAGAGUACGAGAGCGAAGAAGAGUACCUCCAACUCGCGCUCCUUGGAUCACUCUGUGAGCUCGAAGAUUCUUGAUGAGAUCGAGGAUGUUGUCACGGAUGGCACCGGUAUGAUUGGCGAUGAGUUGGGAGAUGCCUAUGAGGCUGCAGAGGAUCAGAUUGCCUUUGUGGCCAACACAGCCAUUGACUCAGUCGAGAUGGCCGUUGACAUUCUCAGCCGUGGAUUCGAUGAUUGGACAUCUGGCUGUGAAACCAGGUGGCCUGAUUUCGGCGUGGACUCUGAUGGCCUCAACCUAGACUGGGGCCGGCAGAGAUGCUGGGUGCGCCUGAUGGGUCAGACUUGCGACCUCUUCGACUUCAACUACGGCACCAUUAACGUCGCUUGGCCUGGGGAGCUUCUUUCGAUUGCGCAGGCGGCCUAUGCCCAAAUGAAGCCUGUCUUGGAUAUUGGCCUCGAACUAAUGGGUUGUCCCACCUUGGACGAGCCCAUAGAGGUCGUCAAGUGUCUUGGCUUCAAGAUCAUCGGGCUGAUCCCCCCCUUCAAUUUCCUCGCACGCACGAGCGAGAUGAUGACCGAGUUCAUCGAAGUCUUCGGUGUGGUGGCGGCGACAGUGGUGAAGCAGGUCUUGGACGAUGGCCAAUCAUUGGUUCAGCAGGCCGCUGUGUCCAAGUUCCCCCAGGCCGGUGCACCACCAGUGAUCCACCACGCAGGCAAGAACCUGAUGAUCAAGACACAUGCCCAGCACCCAAGAGGAAAGCAACCAAGGUCAAAGCUUGAACGUGCGGACAGGGCGCAGAGCUUGAUGCAGAGGGGCGAUGGUGAAGGUGAGUCUGCAGGAAAAGGCGCCAUCAGCUUCGAGGUCCAUGAUCAGGAUGGCAAUUAUGCGACGAAGCUCAUCACGCAGUUCAACGGCAAGGAGACAGACACCAGCUCCUGCCUGGCCUUCGCCCCCAAGAACAAGCACGGCAGCGAUAAUCAGGCAACAAGAGAAGAUUGGCAGGUGGACAAUGAGGACGACUUCAUCCAGCUUGAGCCCUGGGCGGUACCCUGCGACAAUUCCUGGAUGAAGGACCACUGGAACAAGUGGCAAGGCUAUUCCUUCUACACUUGGGAGAUGGCGAUUGAGAAGUGCGUGACCGUUUCCUACUCCCUGUCCGUGCAACCGGUGAUGGCCUUCGUGGGGGGUCUUGAGUUUGACCUGAUGCCUGCACCACUGGCGUCCUUGGAUACCACCGUCUGCUGGCCGGACAAGCAGCCUGGAGGGGUGGACCUAAGUGUUCUGAGGAGCGAGAUCAGAACUGCUGGCUUCCUUCUUUUCAGCCGCACCUUGCGGUUGACGAAGCGUUUCGGGGACGGCACCGACUUCGAGAGUGGCAACACGUUUGGCGCCCACGAAACAUGGCGCAACCCCAUCGGCAUUGCCAGGGGCGAGCACGGUGUCGAGGAUGAUCGGACCCUCGAGCCCAUGUCUCGCACAAAUCUCCUCCAAGCCAAUGAAAGCAAAGGGGCACAAAGAUCACGGACAUCACGGACAACUCUGGGGUGGCAGGAGGAGACGGAGGACCUGUUCCUGGCUUCCGUUGAGUAUGGGCCGCAUAUGGCGAUCAACCAGAGCUCGGAGUUUCGUGGGAAGGCCGCCGCCCAGAAAUUGGAGCAAACGGGGAUGGGCUCCAUGAGGAACAUGAGCAACCUGCAAACUGGCGAGAAGCUUGAGAAUUCCCCGACCGAGACAGAGGCCUUCGAGCUUUUCAGCUUCAAGAACCCAGGCAUGAUCAACUUCGUCGUCCGAGGCCUCCUUGAACAGAACAACCUGGAGCUUGGCAUGAAAAUCGAUUUCGGGCCGCACUUCAGCUCCCCAGAGAAACGGACCAGGCUGAUCAACAUUGUGGACCAGUUUAACAUCGUCUUGACCGCCCUGCCAUUUGUGUCCUUUGAGAGCAAGCAGAGGGCCCUCUCUUACCUGAACGGCUUCCUGGACAACGACCUCGCGGGGGUGGUACCACCGCACGUUCUCCUCCAACCCGGAUCCAUGAUCGCGCUGCACUGCACCGUGCACAAUCGAUUCUUGCGCAUGCGCAGCGACGGAAACAUGGACGGAGGUGGUAACCGAGAUUUCGCCGCCGGCAUAGAGGCGAAUUGGGAGUGGGAGCGUUUCACAGUGGUGGACGCCGGCAACGGCCAGAUUGCCUUGCACAGCCCUCGGUGGAAUAGAUUUGUGAUGAUGGGUGGCAACCAGGUGGUGGAGGCCAGCGCUCACAAGGCCUCCAUUGAGCUUCCGGAGGAAUGGACCUCAGAGCGUUUCACGGUUGUGAACGCAGGGGAUGGACAGAUCGCCUUGCACAAUUCACAGCGCAAUCGAUUCCUGCGCAUGUCCGACGGUGGGCAUGUGGAUGCCAGCAGCAGUAAGGAUGCUGACGCCCUACCUGACUCAUGGACCCACGAACGAUUUCGUGUUUUGCCUGUGAAGUCGUACCUGACCGUGGGCAGUGUGGUGGCUUUGCACAGUGUAAGGUGGAACCGCUUCCUUCGCAUGACUGAUUCACAUGAGAUUGACAGGGGUGAUGAGAGGGCGUAUGACGCUUUGCCCGACAACUAUCAUUGGGAGCGCUUUACCGUGGUUGACGCAGGGAACGGGCAAAUCGGCCUUUUCAGCGGGCUUCAUCAGCGAUAUGUCAAGAUGGAAGACCAGCAGCUGAUGACAGCUAGUGGCUUGGGGGGCUAUGAGAAAUUUGCCGUUGUGCCUGCAGGAAACGGGGAGAUCGCCUUGCACAGCACCCGCUGGAAUCGCUUUGUGCGUAUGACGGGUGAUGGAGCAGAUGGCAGUUCAACCCUGGCUGCUGAUGCCUUGCCAGGCGACUGGAAUUGGGAACGCUUUCGUGUCUUGGAGGUGGUGCCCAAUCCAAACGCGUGGUCCUUCCAGACCAGGUAG